GCCACGAGUACUUUUCAGACCUCGUACUUGCUAUUGUUGAAAGCCUCUAAGCUUAUGGUCGAGGGCGGCUCCACUCGCCAGGCUGACAUUAGUGGGGCUGCGCGAUUACGCAGUACGAAUACUUCGUAACUUGUGGAAAGAGCAAAUGGCGGAGGGUCAGGCAACAGUCUUGUUGCUCUUGUACACGGCUGCCCUCUCCCUCUGCAGAGCGUCAACGAUCGCCAACAGCACACGCGUCAAGCAUCACAGAUCAUCUGCUGACGCGCAUGCCAUACAGAAACAUAAGCAGAAUCGAAGACAGCUUAGCUGCACAGCCAUGAGCAGGCUAGUAGGAAUGUGGAGAAGGAGUGCAGAAUCCAGCCAGCCUCGUUACAAAAAGGUGCAGAGGAGGGCAGAAAGCAUCACGUGUAGAAGCACGCAUCUGCGGCAAGUGUUUGCUGGCCCAACCAGCAGCGUCAGAGAUGGGGAGCUGAACAUCAAGCGACUGUAGCAGCUCUCAGCCUUGCAGGGCUAGCGGACCCUGGUCGCAAACGCGGCAGCGGUGAGUUUGGGGUCAAGUCCGACUCCGUGUCGAGCGGUCGACAUGUGCAGGAAUGCUGACGAGGCACAGUCGCAGGAAUAGAGCGAGGCGUAGUAAAAGCUCGAGUGCGCAAUCUCGCCACCACAAGGUCGGCACAAUCUGCA